AUGAAAAACACUCCUGAGGAUAGUUAUCAGACUCUGUUUUUGAAUGGGGAGAACAGCGAUAUCAAAAUUGGUGUUCUGGGAGAGGAGUGGAGCUUGCAUACAUAUUUGUGUCAGUCAGGCUGCUUUUCCAGUAUGUUCAGUGGAUCUUGGAAAGAAUCAAGCAUGAGCACCAUAGAGUCAGAGAUUCCUGACCAAAAUAUUGAUGCAGAAGCUCUACAGGUGGCUUUUGGCUCAGUGUAUAGAGACAAUGUGUUAAUAACACCCAGUCAAGUAGUUGCACUUUUAGCAGCAGCCUGCAUGCUACAGCUUUUAGAUGACUUAAUCCAGCAAUGUGGAGAAACAAUGAAGGAAACAAUUAGCAAAAAUGUGUGCGGUUAUUAUAAUUCAGCAGAGACAUAUGAGUUAACCUCUGUGGAAGAAAUGUGCCUCGAAUGGCUCUUGAAUAACCUUAUGACUCAGCAGAGUGUUGAACUCCUCAAAGAACUCAGUAUAAACAUAAUGAAACAGCUGAUUAGCUCCCCUGACUUGUUUGUAAUGCAAGUGGAAAUGGAUGUGUGUACUGUUCUCAAAAAGUGGCUGUUGCUUCAGCUAGUUCCUUCUUGGAAUGGGUCUUUGCAACAACUCUUGGCCAAAGCUGAUGCCUGGUUUGCCAGCCAUAGGAGAG